AUGCCUGUGAAACCACAAAAUGAGCAUAAUUAAAAUUGCUUGAAAAGUAUUGGAAACAUUUGUUGCUACUACGAUAAGACUAAAGGAAAUUUCCUUGGCUGCUCAAACUAGAGACAGCAUGUUGAAACCAUAAUUGACCCUUUCAAAGUGUCUAUUCUUGAGUAAAGUAAAUCACCAUCAAUUCUUAAAAUAAGCAUCUGCCUCAAAAGUUCCUUCUAAUCUAAGGAAAAUGAAGAAGGCUAAAGGGAUUAUAGCGGUUAAAGUGCUUAGGAAUUUUCACCCACAAGCAGUAAGAAGAUGAAUCCCUUGUCGAGUUCUAGUGAAUCUCCAGGUAAAGCUAGUUCUUAAUCACUAUCGCAAGAGAAAGUUAAAAGGCUGAGCCCAAGAAAGAGAAGGGAGCUUGUCCUCAAAUUUAUUAAUGAUAAGAUUCAGCUCUCUAAUAAGUAUCAAUCUAAUAUUGAAUUGCUAAAAUAAGACAGUUUAAAGAACCUAGGAAUACAAAGCAUCACACAAGGGACAACUUUGCAAUCAACUCCUAAAAAUCAGAAAAGUUCAAGAACGAGCACCAGAAUAAAUUCAAGAUUAGUAGAAACUUAAAAUGAAGAAGAGCAAAGUAUUGAGAUUCAAACUCAGAUGGAAAAUUCAAUUGAAAAUAGCAUUAAAAUAUCACCAGGAAGCAAGAAUAAGGUUCUUAUUACUGAAAAUAUGAAGAUUGCUGAGCUCGAUAAUGAGGAGUUUUAAGUAUAGCUUCUAGGGAAAGGAACAAUUAAUUAUUAUAGUGUGGAUUAAGAUUACCCUAGAACUCAUUCUCUGUAACUAGAGGAGAUCAAGUAAUUUGAAUAUGAUGAAAGGGAGUUGUCAAGUCAAAGAAUCGAUAGAUUUACCUUGGUAAAAAUUUCUGGAGAGCAUUUGACCUUCAAGUCUGUAGAUGGCAGACCAAGUCGGAGAAUAGGAUAAUGGAUCAAAACACUUGUCAAAAUGAUACAGAAUUAUAAUACAGAAUGUGACAAUAUUAUGGGCUUAGGUACAUAUAGCUAGUAAACUGAGGCCUCAACUUUGUCCCAGCAUUAUUCCUAAUCUCAAUAAAAAUGCAAUUUCAUCUCUCAUAUAGUUCUCAUGAAAGGAAUUACAUGGGCUCGUGAUUCGCACGGACUUUUUGACUAUGAAAGUAGGCAUUUAACUAAAAAUACUAUGAAGACCAAUAAUGAAGCGCAAUUGGUCAGAAAACAGAAUAAUAUAGAGCUAAAUCCACUACCAAUUGACAAAGUCACCAACGCUGACUUUGGAUAAGCGACCGUUGAAGCAGAGUCAAAACCUCUUUUAAAUAUCAUAAAUGAGGAAGGUAAGUCAAGUCAUAAAUAAUUUCUAUCAUAAUAAAAAGACUAAACUGUCGUGAUCAGACUUUUGAUGAAUUUAAUAGAUUGCUUUUACAUUGAAUCUGUCACUUGCUUGUAAAAUGGAAUAGGGAAUGCCUCUCCUACCAACAAAAAAGAGGAAGUUCAAAUGGAGUAAAAUAUGGGUGAGAUGUCUAGAUAAUUAAAUGAACAUAUGUAUCUUGUAGUUAGAAGUCUGAAACACAACAAUCAGAAGAUUGAGUAUACACUUCAAAAAGGAGAUAUAGUAAAGCUAGGUAGAAUAAAGUUUGCUGUUAAAGAAAUCGCACUUGUUGACACAAGCAUGGAGGUUGAUGAAAGUUCUAAUCAGAAAGUGAUUCGACAUGCAAAUGUUGAGUCCAUUGAUGAUGAGGAAUUCUUUGAAUUUGAAAAAGUCGAAAGCAUCUGGUAUGAUAUGACCGAGGAUGAACUUACUCAAAAAGCCCUCUAAGAGGAGAUCAGCACAUGUAAAAUCUGUUGGUCUGCUUCGAUUGAUAAAAAUAAUCCUCUAAUCAGUUGUUGCAAGUGUAUUGGUACAGUAGGCUUUAUUCAUUACAACUGCCUCAAGCAAUGGCUAGAGUCUAAGAAAAAUGUAAAGAGCGGGGAGAAUUUUACCUCCAUUUUUUGGAAAUCAUUUGAGUGUGAAAUUUGUAAAAAAGCUUAUCCACUCAUGAUUAAAUCGAAUGAUCAGAACUAUCAUUUGGUAGGUUAUGAAAGACCUCAAACAAGCUAUCUAGUUCUUGAGAGCUUGAAUCAGGAAAAGAAUACCUCCAGAAUUGUACACAUUAUCAAGCCUAGUUAGGCAAAAGAUGUGUUCAAAAUGGGAAGGGGUCACGAUUCUGACCUGAGAAUAAAUGACAUUUCAGUUUCUAGACUCCAUGCCAUGAUUAAAUAUAAGGACGGUAGAUUCCUAUUGGAAGACAAUAUGUCAAAAUUUGGCACAUUAGUACUUAUCAAGAAGAAGACACCACUAAUCCCCGGAUUUAAUAAAGCUGUGCAAAUCGGGCGAACAGUGGUUAAUUUCUCAGUAAAAAAUAUCUCUCAAUAUGUGCAUAAGUAAAGUAGUAGUUAGCAUGUUGGCGCUGAAAAAGAAUAAGGCUACAAUUAAAUAGAUAAGAUGGAUGUAAAGGGAGACGAUGGGGACGAGGAGAUAUAUCAAUAACUAAAAAAAUCACCAAGAUAUGGAGAUGAUGAUGACAAUUAGUAAUAAUGA